GAGAUACAAGAAGAAGGAAGGAAGUAGAUGCUGCUCGCAGCCAGAGAGAAUCCAAAUAUUUGAGAAAAGCUUCUUCUUCUUCUCGGAAUGUGUUUUUUCCUUAAGCAGGCAAUGGAACAGCUAGAUGAUCCAAACCCGUAAAAGAUUUAUCCAGAUUUUUAUUUUUGGUGGAUAAGAUCAAUCUUUAGUUGUCUAGAAAAGCAGUGAUCCACUUGAAGAUGAAGUUCGGGAAGGAAUUCGCUUCGCAGAUGGUGCCGGAAUGGGAGGAAGCAUACAUGAAUUAUGAUAAACUCAAAGCAAUACUGAAAGACAUCUUGCAUUUGAGGCAGCGAAUGGCUUUGUUGCCUGCGGCGGCCGAGAGUCCCCAAGCCUCCCUGAAGAGGAAAGUGUCACUGUACAGAGCCUUCAGCGGCCUCACAAGCCGAAGCAGCAGCCAAAAGGGCUAUUUGAGGAACGCCGAAGAUGAACCAAUACUAGUAAAUGCAGUUCAGGGAGAAGGAUCAGAAGGGGGUUACCAGACAAUGUUCCUCAUGUCAUCAGAAGUAGGAGGAGAUAAGGAGGUAAUGUUCUUCAGGAAUCUUGAUCGCGAGUUCAACAAAAUUGUCAAGUUUUAUAAGGACAAAGUGGAGGAAGUGACCGAGGAUGCUGAGCAAUUGAAUGAACAAAUGGAUGCUUUCAUUGCUCUUCGGAUCAAGGUAGAAAAUCCGGUUGUGCAGCUUGAACGAACGGAGACAAUGAAUCUUGCAGCCAACCAUGGUCGCUCUUCUAUGUCGUUGGGUUCUGGCCCAAUCAGCGGAAGGUCAAAUUUGGAUGUAAUUCAUGAAGUUGAGAUGAGCAGCAAUGGACAUGGGGAAGGCGAAAGGAGAGGAGGAAAUGUGGCCAAAAGAGACCAAUGGAGAAAUAAUAAAGGCAAGACAGAUAAGUCGAGACCAGCUUCAUUAGAAAUACUGAAUCAUGUAGAGAUCAAUUGUGCACCAGAAACUCCUGGGUUGACUUUGAAAGGCAUCCUCGGGGGUUUGAAGUCCGAUUUUUCAUUCACCAAGGAAGAGCUGAGGAAAGUAGAAGAACUCAUGAAGCAGGCUUUUACCGAAUUUUACCACCGGCUUCGAAUACUAAAAAGCUACUGCUUCUUGAAUCAAUUGGCAUUCUCCAAGAUCUUGAAGAAAUAUGACAAGAUAACUUCAAGGAAUGCAUCAAAGGUUUACUUGGACAUGGUUGACAAUUCUUAUCUCGGCACCUCAGAUGAGGUUACUAGACUUAUGGAGAGGGUGGAGACAGCCUUCAUCAAGCACUUCUCCAAAGGAAAUCGCCACAAAGGAAUGAAAAUUUUGAGACCGAAGGCUAAAAGGGAUAGGCAUAGAAUAACCUUUUUCUUGGGUUUCUUCUCUGGCUGCUCAGUGGCACUUGUAGUCGCUCUUGUUUUCCUUAUACAUGCAAGAAAUAUCCUUAAGAGUGAAGGCCGUGGUCAGUACAUGGAAAACAUAUUUCCUCUUUACAGCUUGUUUGGAUUCAUUGUCCUGCAUAUGCUCAUGUACUCUGCAAACCUAUACUUUUGGAAGCGCCAUCGGAUCAAUUACCCGUUUAUAUUUGGGUUUAAGGAAGGGACAGAGUUGGGCUACAGAGAAGUCUUUCUUCUUAGUUCAGCUCUUGCAGUACUUGCAUUGGCUGCUGUUCUAUCCAACCUGGAUAUGGAAAUGGAUCCAGGAACACGAAGCUUCAGAGCAUUAACGGAAUUAGUCCCUUUGGGCCUAGUAACUGUUCUGCUGCUUAUAAUAGCCUGUCCUUUCAAUAUCAUAUAUCGUUCAAGUCGCUACUUCCUUAUCCAAUGUGUGGUUCACUGUAUAUGUGCUCCAUUGUACAAGGUUAAGCUUCCAGAUUUCUUCUUGGGAGAUCAGCUUACUAGCCAGGUGCAAGCUUUCAGAAGUUUGGAAUUCUAUGUUUGCUACUAUGGUUGGGGGGACUUCAAAAGGAGAUCAAAUAAGUGUCAUGAAAACAGUGUUUAUCAAACUUUUUAUUUCGUCGUAGCAAUUAUCCCAUAUUGGGUGCGCUUCCUUCAGUGUGUCCGACGCUUGUUUGAUGAGAGAGAUUCAUCGCACGUGCUUAAUGGGUUUAAAUACUUCUCAACAAUUGUAGCAGUUUUCCUGAGGACGGCUUCUGACAUGAAGUGGGGAGUGGGUUGGAAAGUCAUGGCUGCAGUCACUUCAGGAAUUGCAACAAUUGUUAGUACAUACUGGGACAUUGUCUGUGAUUGGGGUCUUCUGCAGCGUAAUUCAAAAAACCCUUGGUUGAGAGACAAGCUACUUGUGUCAAAGAAAAGCGUUUACUUUGCAGCAAUGGUGGUGAAUAUCAUUCUGAGAUUUGCUUGGAUGCAAUCAGUGUUGGGUUUUCAUGAAGCACCUUUCUUGCAUAAAAGAGCCUUAGCAGCUAUUGUCGCCUGCUUGGAGAUCAUUCGUCGUGGCAUUUGGAACUUCUUUAGGUUGGAGAAUGAGCACUUGAACAAUGUUGGGAAGUUCAGGGCAUUUAAGUCAGUACCCCUACCAUUCAACCAUCGCAAUGAACUCAAGCAAUUGUAGUGAUUUUUGCACCUAAGGCAGAUGAAGGAAUCAAUGCUGUUGAAGUCCAUUAUAUAAGAGUAUUAGUGCACAUUAUUAUUCUUUCUAAAUGGCCAAGGACUGUGUAAAUGUGCGAGAGUAGAUGAAACAAAUGAAAAUGAGUGAAUGAGAAAACACAGAUUGUCAUUAAACAGAUGUGAAGUUGCCCCAAAUAUCAUCCUAAUCUAAAGCAAAUACACAAUAUUGGAAGAUUCAAAAUGAAUUCUAGCCAGCUUCUUGCAGCAAUUGCAGGUUGGCAGAGUGCUCUUUCAGAUAUUGUAGGAAAUUUUUGUCCCAGCAAUGUUAUGUCAACUAUGGCGUGCUGACCAAUUCAUAGGUCGUCUGGCCAACCAGUGACUCAAAAUGUUACAUUUAUAUUUCAUGUACAAUCUUGUUGAAUAUUUAUACAGAAUUGAUUUAGUUUGUUUUUU